AUGGCGCUGCUUCUGAAAGUGCAGAGCUGGGUGCAGCUACAGCGAGUGGUGCUGCGGUUCUUGAAGCAUGGAAAAGUCGAGUUAGAGAACCCAGAAGCUGCGGUACAUCACAAGCUCGAAAGCGCUGAAGUAGCAAGGAAGCCGAGCGCAAAGCUGAAAGCUGAAAGACUAAGGACCAAAAAUAACACCACGGCUACCACUAUUGCGGUGGCCGUCGCAUGGCAUGCCAAGGAGGAGAACGAAAUGAACGAGCCUGAAGCCUCCAACAAGACUGCUGAAGAAGAGAAAGCUAAUGACGCAGUCCUGGGUGAUGCUACCCUGUCCGCUGGUGCCAAGACUUGCAUAAGGUCGCCGAAAACGUGA